AUGAUCGAACUACUGAGAACAUUGAAGAAUUUCCUUCAUUCUUCCUCUGGGUAAAUAUACAUGGUUUCAAUAUUUCAACACAUUUAAUUUUUUUCCGCUUGCUUUACAAACAUGAAUCUCAUAACUAGUGUUUCAAUUCACUCCGAAGAAAAAGCUGUACAUUCGCUUGUUUCUUUCUAUUUUAAACUAUCGAUAUUAUAUUAAAGUGCAACCGUAUUUUUGUGCGGUUUUAUAGAGAGACUUUAAAACAAUCUCAAUUCAGGAAUACUUCUGGGCUAUAUGGCCGUGAGUGCUUCUAUCUUUGGUCUAGAUUCCAAGAGAAGCCUUUGAAUAGAUCGAAAAUGGGUUUAAUGUCAGCAACGCCAAUAUAUGUAAAUUCAGAGACGUGCUGCGGGAGAAGAUCGCGACGAUUUUGCUUCCUACAUACAAGACCAUAAAUAACUAAUUUUUGAAAGAAACUGAAAAAAACAGCGGUAGUGUUGAGCAAAAAUAUUUUUCUUUUUAAUCAGGAUAAAACUUUUGCCCUCUGUUUAUUUUAAGCUUUUUCUUUUACUGCAUUUUUCAAGGCUGUACAUGUGGUAGUUAUGGCAGUUUCUCAGAAUUUUUUUUUUGUUUUAGUCGGCUCCUUAAAAUGGGAAAAUGGCCAUCUGAAUUUAUAUAAAUAUAAACUGGUUUGGUCUUGGUUAGCUGUUGUAGUUCUGCGUAAUAAAAAAUAAAUUCAGUUUUUCUCGCGAUAGAUUUAUGCAUCCAAAAAAAAAUACACAAGGAAAAAAUACAUGCGAUACAGCUUGAGAACAACGUUGACGGCGUCGAAGGUUAUUGUUAUCAAAAAAAAAAAAAACCCGUUGAAAGGUUGCCGUCUCACAAACUAUUAUUCGCUCAAUUUUUUAUGAUAUUUUCGGACGGUUGUGUAUUGAAACGAGCUGCACAAACAUUAUGAAAAUCUGCUGAUAAGAUAGCAGGCUCUUCAAAAUAUUACACAGCGCACAUUUAGAAGGAUUAUUUCAUGGGCAUCAACAUCCAAGCGAAUGUAGAUGAUGCAUUUGAAUAAUUUGCGGGCGUUUCCCUCACCAAAGCAUUUCAACAGGUGUUAUUAUUUCGUUACAAAACUUCACUUGUUCUGACCAGAAUUUAUAUAGUACUCUCACAGCAAUAUCACUUCUCCCAUGAUCAGCAAUUUUUUCGUACAAUUAGUGAUUGAUCCUUUUCGUUUUCUCUAAAUGCACAAGAGCACUUGUUACGACUAUCUCCGUUUGCGUGUACAACAGGUGUUUAACUGAAAUCCGUUGACGCAUUGCACGGAGAUACGGAAAGAAAUAUGGCAAUCUUUGUUUUAAACUCGGUCUUCAAUUAAAGAAAAAACGCCACCAGAAUGACUCUGACACAAUUUUGAGUCUCCCGUAAGGUCUAAAAUCUCAGCUCUACCGACUGCACUGUUAAGAAUCCGUCGUUGAGCGAUGCCGCAUAAAAAGAUUUACACGAGGGAAUCAGAGGCAGAGGAACCAACUCGUUACAGAACGGUAACAAAAUUAUGAAUUUCGUCGGAUUUUUUCCAAUAAUGUUUUUUGGCGCGCGACCGGCAAAAUUGAUUCGCUCACUUAUGCUCGAGAUUUGACCGCUUUGUUCAUGCUAAGUGAGCAAUUUUUUUAAAAUCCAUUGGUGCAACAGAAGAAAUAUUUGAGGAGCCAAGUCAUUGGUUUAAGCGUUUUGAACAAUUUGGAACUGAAGGCGAUUUUUCUCGUGGCGAAAAAGGAUUAAAAUAUAUUUUGACGUCCCGUUAUCAUGUACUGCGUGUUAUAAAAGUGGAACCAAUGUUAGGCUUCUCUUUGUUACCAUGACAACAAAUUGAAAAUCAUCUACCAGUUGAAGAUUCGUUCUGCCUCUUUACCUUACCUGCCAGGGUUAGAUUGCAAUACAUAAAAUUUUUAAAUCCUGAUUAGCCAGAUUUGUUGCUUUUCAACAGAUGUUGUGCUUUCCUUACUGAUAAAUUCGAAUUUUACGUUUAAAAAAAGUAAUUCGCGUAGAUGAACAAUUUCUCGAUCAAUUUAUUUUUUUAAUUUGAACCAGAUUUGACCUGACAACCUAUAUAAAUGCUAUAUUUGACCUCAUAUCUGGUGCCAAUGGUAGAUGGCAAAAGGUGUUAAAUACCUCUUUUGUGCAGGUAACAUAACCAGCUAACGCUAAUAUUAAUGUGAGGUAACGCUAAUAUUAAUGUGAGGUAACGCAAUAUCUGUCACGCAAUACCUACGGAAACACGUCCUUUAAUCAUUUUCCCAACAUUUGUAUUAUUCCGCUAUUUGACACGAGCCAGAAUGAAGAGGACUUCUCAUCUGACAGUACCUAAAGUAAAAGUUUUCUCCGAAAAAGAGAGGUAUCCCAUUAAUCCAACUUAUCUUAAAUUUACAUGCGGUUACUUCAAGAUGGCCGGCUAUUUCAAUUUUCUCUUCUUCAACAGAAAAAUGCCAUCUGUUUACCACGAACAUUGUGGCAAACCUGGACCGAAAAGUAACGAUUAUGUUCCUCCGCCUGAAGCGAGAUAUUUCAAGUCUCGGAGUGCUCCGAAUUCCCCUUUAAUGGGAGAACGGAGAUCCGCUACCCCCAGGGACUCCCCGCGUCUUGCUCGAGAAGUACAUCGACUUUCUGAGAAAGUGUCGCAAGUGAAAAGCCCGAGGUCCCCCAGAGUGGGACGAAGUAAAUCUUUCAACUCUAAAGGUAUGUACUGAAAAAAUAACGCUAAUAUCAUGUUUAUAGAAUCAUAUAUUGCAUUGUUACAACUUACAUCACGUUCUUUAAGGAUUCUCUCUCGGUUCGGUCUCUUUAUUACACAUUGUGAAGCUAGGAUAGCCUAACGCCAAUAUUCUAAUCUUUAUCAGUUUAUCUUCAUACCUAUCUCUGCUUUGUUCACAUUCAUAGAUUUAUGAAAGGCGCUAGAUCUAAUUAACUUUUUGUGACUUGUUUUCAAAUUUGAAAAUAUAAGAUUUCGGGGUUUACAAUUUGUUAAAGCACUUAUCCAAGGACGUUUGACUCAAAAUAGACUACCAAUUAAGAUAUUUUUUGAUAUUGCUUUAACAAGCACUAGCACAAUUAUUGCCUUAAAACUUUGACUUCAGCGCCCAUUUUAAGCUAAACCGAUUCUGUAAACUUUGCUAAUUGCUCCGCACUCCAUCGACAGCUUUAAUAAUUUUUUGUCAUUUUUUAUAGUCAACUUUCAGUUAAGCUAUUCAGAUAAGUUAUAGGGAAGAUUAGAAGGAGUAACAAAUAUCGGAAACAGUUCAGGAAUGCUAUAUCGCAUUAAGAAGGCAAACAUAACAUAUUGCCUUAAUGAAUCAUGCUAUUAAAGUAUAUUCUACGUCGGGCUGUUUAAGGGAUCUAAGUCACAGGUACUGUGUUGGUCAUAAAUAUAUUAGUUGUUUAACAUCAUUAGAAAAAACCAGACAGGUUCAUGGCUUUUUUCCAAUCAAAAUAUCUUCCGCAAUACUCAGUCCCCUCUUUCUUAACCCUCAACAAUUUUUUUAUGCAAAAGACUGGGAUAGAGGUUGCCUUCGCAAUCAGGUUUAGUCUAGGCUCUUCUUCGUCUAGAUAAAACGCACUACUGAUGCGAUACAUGUUGGGUUUCUUGUUACUGCGCUGUACUCCUGAUUGAGAGGUCCCGGCUCGAGCCCUGGCCGGGUCAUUGAGUAAGACCAAGAAUAAAAAAGGGACGUUAUUUUGUCUUGAUAAACACACUGCCUCUCUCUACCCGGGAGCAUAAAUAUCUUAUUAGACUGGUUAUACAGGUUUUUUUACAGUACUAAAUAACCAACUGUCCAAAUAACCGUACAAUAUCGCAGGAUAUUUGUACUCUAUUCAGUUGGAUAAUAAAAAUGGAUACUACAGCUCUCUCAAUGGAAUCUUAACAAAGGCAGCGAGUGUGGCAGGGGUAAGCUGGGAUGGAUUGUAAUCCUCUCUAGGUGGGGAACCAAUGUUCCGAGUCGCUUCGUGCCAAUGAGGAUAAGCUUCGGUCAUAAGCGUCAUUAAUCUUUAAGCUGCCUCAAAGUUUUACUGCAUCUAUGGACGUGAAUGAAGAAGGGUGAUUGAGAGUGCAUGGUGCAGUUUUAAACUGGAAGAAAUUAAAAUCUAAAACCAACCACUCGCUCUGAAGUCUGUAUUUUCUCUUCCUCCUCUUCUUUCAUUUUGGCCCGCCUCUUUCUGGCUGGGCCUACUUUUUUCCUAGGGAGGGGGAGAGAUCAAACUGUUAUCUUGAAUAGGUUUCUUUCGGCCCUUGAAAAAGAAGACACUUAGCAAGAGCAGUGUUUUUCAGAGUUUUUUCAGAAACGUACCGCGGGUGACAUAACGCUCUGCGCUUAUUAUCAUGCAGGGAAGAAUUUUAGGUUAAAGAGAUUUUUCUAAAGGUUUUGUUUAUUUUGUUGAUAGCAAAGGAUUACGGCAACAAAAAAUGUUCGGCAUUUAUGUAAACCCUGGUAAAUUUCUCAACCAUUCUGUUUCUGAUGUUCCACUCGUUUUUCCUUUUUUCCUCAUCCUCUCCUUGUUUCCCAUUAUUUUUCUUUUGUUCGUUUUCUAUAAAAAAAAAAUUGUUGUAUUUACACCGUUAUCUCGCACUCGCUAGGAUUUUUCCAUUUAGAAAAGAUUGAAAAAAAUUGUUUACAAUACACUCGAGGAGACGAAUUCUUACGACAUGACCAAGAGCUCAUAGCGAAAGUUAUAUUUAGAUAGUUUGACACGGAAAAUUUAUAUGAAAUUCUUUGACUCUGCAUCAAAAUUCUGUGUUAAUAGUAAUAGUGUAAUAAUAUUUAUUAUUUGUUACGCGCAUUUUACAUGUGCAUAUGAUCAAAUGCGCGAUUAAAAAAAUGUGCUAGACAAGUCGCCCAAAAAUAGGUUACAGGAAACGAUUUGUGGCUUUGAGUUUCUUAGAGUCUUGUCAACCUGUGCUCUGCUGGCCUUCUGUGUGUAGUGACUGAGUCAAAUCCCCACUCCACCCUAGACAGAGCAGCUAUUUUGGUCUAUUUUUAGCGUGACGUCAUUCGCAGCUUUGCACCUUGCCCGCGAGUACGAAGAAUUCAUAAUCGUAUGUCGAGGCUCGAGAGGUCAAAUCUAGCGGCAAAACGCGAUGACUGAAUGUCACAAGUGCGGUAAACUGGUAUAUUUUGGUAAGUUUAGUAGUUUGAAAACAAAAUACCGCACGUAGUUUGAAAAGUAAUGCUUUCGAUGUAGCAAGAAAGCGUGAUCAAUUUUGAUCGGCCUGGAAUCGAUUGCCGGAACGGGGACCGAUGACAAAUUACCUUGACACGGCGGUCUUCGUUUGGGAAAAUUUUUCCUUGUGAUGUAUUUGUGUGAUAUUUUGCAGCGGAACAGAGGAACUCUCUGGGAAAAGUCUGGCAUCCUGGCUGUUUGCGAUGCGAAGAAUGCAGUAAACGAUUAAACCCUGGCCAACAUUCAGAGGUAUAGUACUGCAUUAACUUGAUUUCACUGAGUGGUUUGCUCAAUUAAAUAACGCAUUAUUUGUCAGUUCUUCUGGUCGAUAUACAUUUUUUCCAGUGGAAGAGGCAAUAAAAGAGUUAUAUUUUGUAGUAUUCUGUAAUCAAAUUCAAGAAACGAAAUACUUUUUCUAAAUCGCGUAUGCACUUAUAAUACAUAAACAUUAACUCGAACGAAAAUUUUUCUGAAGAAUAUUAAGCCCAACGUUUAAAACCUUUGCGUCCGGGUGCAAAAUUUCACGAUAAUAUUUCAUGAAGUUUAUGUAUGACGGCUGUAUAAGCUCCUGGAGUAUGUUGUCUGGUGGGUUCUUUUCACGCUUUUUGAAAACCUCUGUACGAGAAAAAUACUAUAAAUAUUGUUAAUAUAGUAAUGUUCGCUUAGUUUAUUAAAGUGCGUGUUAAAGGUGUAUCACGCGAUUAUUUUUUUUUGAACUGGGUGCGAUGGGCCGUAGAUCAGUGCAUUACGAUAAAUAAAACCCAGCUCUCAGAUAAAAGGAAGGAUAAGCAACUUGCCUGUUUGUUUAAUUAUUAGUGCGAUUAACUUUGUAAAAUAAACUUAUUUUUUAUUCAAAAUAUUUUUGACAUUCAUAUGGAAGUUUAUGUCCGACAAUGAUAAAAUUUCAACCUGUCAAAGUCCAGGGCUUAGCUGUUUAUUUUACAAAUAAAAAAAUUAGCUUUUUGGUCUUAAUUUAGUUUAAGGAAGGUAAAUAACAGCCAAAACAUUCUUGACCACAGCAACUCGUUGUAGGUCAAAUAUUUGUAAUGUUACUUCGAGUGGGUGUUCUAGACGCUAAUUUUUUUCCUUUGGGUGCUUUCUAUGAAUAACCGCCUGGUCUAUUUCUAGCCAGUUGCUAGUGAUUUUAUGUCAAAGAUAUGAUUGUGAAUUUGUUGUAAAUUCAUCUUUGCAACAUCAUUUUUGAGAUCACACUGAAGAUUUUCACAAGCAACAAAUUUUGGUCAGGGUAUUUCAGAGUUCAAAAACAUUGGGCCAGUUAUUCCCACAAGUUUUAGCCUUUUGUUUAGCAAAACUGAAUUCCGAGCCAUCUUCAAUAAUUUUCAUAAAAGCUUUUUCUAACCUUUUUCUUAUAGACAAAUCUGCUAGUCUAUUGUUGUAAAACUGCUGUCUGAGUUGAACUGGCCUCACUAAAUGUUUCAACUUAUUUUCAGUCAAGAUUUGAAAGUUAUUGGAGAUCUCUUUAAUUUUGUUUCACUUUGCUUGAACAUUUUGAUCAGAUUGGUCUACUCAAUAAUCAUCUGCCAUUUGUGACUUAUCGGAUACAAAACUUAAACCCGACACUUUCUUCUUCCUGUACAUGAGACAUUAUACCUGUAUUCUUCUGAAAUCUAUAUUGCUUUCUUGUGAUAUUUUCUUUCAUUUUUGAAUGGCCACUGUCAUUAUGUUGGUUAUAAUUUUUGGUUUAACGAUAGUUGUUUGCAAUGUGGCCUAUGUAGGCUUUUCUAGAUGUUAGCUUUCUCUUGGCCAGAAAAAUUUGAUGAAAGAGCUGUGACAUAAUAGUUGGGUAUAUGUUGUUAACCAAUCACAUUUUUUCCUUUUUCUGAUUUGGGCAAGUAAUCAUAAAUAUUAUUACUGUAAUAUUUUAGGUAAUUACAGCAUGUACAUACUAUGUUUUUGUAUCAAGAAGAAAGGGUCAAGUUUGUUUCUUAUAAAAUGAAUGUUUGUUGGUCAAAUUUGAGAAAAAUUUUCGCAGAAGCUUCCUUUUUGCAGGGAAACAACCAUUUCCCCUCUGCUUCUACCAAAAAAGAAAUUUGUAAUCAUCAUGCUUAAAAUGAGUCCACAAUUUUUUCCUUGGUCCAUUCCAAGAUUCCAGUUCCUAUUUUUCCAUUUCCUGUAAUGAUGCAAUGCAGGUUGGUGUUUCUUUACUUGCAUUGUUCUCGAUCAACUAUGGAAGCAGACGCAUUUUUGAUGAUUCAACGAAGGGUUCCUCGUCUGUUGUCAAACUGGGUGGUAAAUAAGCCUUUCUCUGUCUUUUUCUGUGUCUUUUAUGAUGUGAAUUUCUGGUUUUGUUGAUAAAUAUGCCAUCAUCGUUGUGGUUAAAUGUUACAAGUUAAAACAGCACGAUAUAACAUCAUACCUCCAUUGACAGAGGUCUUUGUUAUCAGAGAUCCAAACAUUCGGACUCGAUCUCUCAUAUAGGUAAAUUGAAUAUGGCCACUCUUUGUUUCUGGCAUAAAAUAACUAAAUUUAGCGGAAAUUUGUGACAAGAAAAAGUCAGAAUGAUUUCACAUUUAGCGGAAAGAAAUAUUCAUACGACACACAUGUGAAGUCCUGCCUAUUCAUAGUACUUGUACCUGUCUAUUCAUAGUACUUAUAUUUGGCUGCUGUCCGAAGUCAUUUUGUUUAUGAUUUGAAUUUUAAGAGAAAAGCUAACAGUUUUGAAGAGUUAAAUCAGUCAAUUCUCAAUGGUUUCUUUAGAAAAAAUAUUUUUAAUUUCAAAUAUUACGAAUUAAAGUAUUUUUCCUAUAAAUAGAAGUUACAGCAUUAUUUUUGUAAUAGAUGGUUUACCUAACCUCUGACAGUCGUAUUUUAUCAUUUUUUUCUCAGUUUAUUUUGUACUAGAAUAUUUAUUUUACAGUUUAUGAGAAAAGUAUCUAUCAUUUGUGAAAGUGUUAAAAUUACAAAUACAAGAUCAAUAGGUAUCAUAGCUAGGAAUACUCAAAACAUAAUUCUGCAGCAAGGUAAUUUGUGUUGAAGUUAAAUUGUUCUUAUCAAUCAUGUUGAGGAAGAAUUUUUAACUACUAAGUGAAGUGCAGCACAUUGUAUAUGCCAAUAUUGUGAGUGGACUUUGGAAAUAUUUACUGACAGGAAUUAGAUAUCUUUGGGUACAGUCAUAUCAUUUGUAGCCCUUAACCCUUUAACUCCCAUGAGUGACCAAGACAGAAUUUCUCCUUACAAUAUUAAUACAAUAUCAACCAGAUAAGUGAUGAGAAUUAAGAAAAAUAUCAAUUUGGGGAUAAUUAGUUGAUUCAAUACUAAAUUCUCUGAACUAACAUGACAAGAAUUGUAUGGUUGACAGAAAGGAGAAUUACAAAUUUGAUCUGGGAGUUAAAGGGUUAAAUUCUUGGGGACUUUUUUCAUAAGCAUAUGACUGUCAGCUUCAUGUAUUAUUAUUUAAAUUCUUAUUUUCAUGAUAUGAUCGGCGAAGACUUCCAUGAGUGUUAAUGAAGAGAUUAUUGAUUGUUAUUCAUGUGCAAGUUUCCAAGCUAAUUAAAAGUUUGGUAACUCAAAGUAUUAGUGGUUGUAGCAUUUUCACUACAUACUACUGGUCCCCUUUGAGCUAGAAGGUCAACUGGAUGUAUCAUCUCUAUUUGAAAAUGACUGCAUCACGAGACCAAAACAUUAUUCUUCACAACAGAUUUGUUCACUUAAUUUAACUUUACUUAAUUUGGACAAUCAAAUGAUAACAUCACUUUUUCAUAUAUUAUAUUUGAUUCUGAUAUUUUAUGCCUUUGCAGCACAGAGGAAUUCCCUAUUGUAAUAUUCCAUGCUACAGUUUGUUAUUUGGCCCAGGUGGAUAUGGCCGAGGAGGAACAGAAUCAUAUCAAUAUUUAGCAGAUGAUAAGCUUACACCAGCUGAAUUGGAUGCCAUUAGGUAUACAUAACUUUUAUUUAUGAUUUUAUAGUUUCAUGUCCUUCAGACAAUGUCCAGCCAAGAGUUUUGAUUAUUUUUAACUUUUUGCAUGGGUUUUCUUGUUGUUCUAUUUAUUUACUAUGUAAUUUGUUUUUAGGAAUGAAAUUAUUCCAAAGCUGAAGGAGUAUAAUACAUUUUUAACUAUUUGCAUGGGUUUUCCUGUUGUUCUAUUUAUUUACUAUGUAAUUUGUUUUUAGGAAUGAAAUUAUUCCAAAGCUGAAGGAGUAUAAUACAUUUUUUGAGUCACGUAAAGCUCUACAGUUAACAAGCAAAGAGGUAAAAUUAAUGAUCAUUCUGUAGCAAGACUAAUAAAGUCAUGGAACUUACUGUGUAACCCUUCAACUUGCACAAGUGACUAAGAAAGAAUUUCUCCAUACAAUAUCAAUACCAUAUCAAACAGACAAAUGGUGAGAAUAAAGAAAAAUAUCAACCAGAAGGUUAUCAGCUGAUCUAAUACCAAAUUCUCUUAAUUAUCAACCAAAGAAUUGUAUAGCAGACAGUAAAGAGAAUUACUAAUGAGCUUUCAGGAGAGAAAGGGUUGAGUUAAUAUAAUAGAAAUAAACGAAACUCUGAAAGGGUGAUUUUUAUCUCAAAGAUUAUAAAGGAACAAAUUGUGUUCUCUGAUUAUUAUUAUAGAAAUUUUUCCAAAAAUCUCUAAAUUACUAAAAUUGAGUCACAACUAAGGAAAGAAUUCUAUCACAAUGCACUGUGUUCUCAGGCAAAACACUUGAAUGUCACAAUAUUACUCUCCAGCCAAGAAAAUAAAUGAGUAUUAGCACAAUGCAGGAGGACCUAACAAAGUGCAGGUGGACAAUCUGUGUUGGUCUGGCAUCCCAACCACUUUGAAAAUCAAUACUUUUUGUUGCACCAUGCCACAGAAGCUGUGAUAGACUCUUGCAGAUGUGCAUGUCAUUUUUUUAAUACAUAUUUUGCCUUUUCUCACUUAGCUCAGUGGCAGACUCAUACUCGAGGGGGUUCUCAAGAUUUACUGGGGUUUGAAGGUGCCUGUUACACUUGCAAGUCACAACUUGUCAUAUUGGAGGAGACGCUCACAGAAAGAACAGAAUGGUUACAGAGGAUCGGCUGUUAACAGAGUUAAAGAUGGAAUUGUAAGUGGGUUUGCUUGAAAAAGAAGGAAGCUUUGUAAAGUCCAGUUUAUCUUUAUUUUAAUUGCAUUAUCACAUGAUUUCCCAACAUUUUACGGAUUAUUUUUUUGACUAGAUUUCUUGCUUGAGUUCUUGUCAAGCAUCAGGUGUACUAUUCUUUCCUCAGUUUAUAAUGAUUAAAUUUCUCAUUGCCUGUCUGCCUGACAAUGUAUUAGAUUGAUAAAGAGAAAUUCCACUCUGAUUUAUCAGAGUUGAUUUCAAAGAAAUUGAAAAAUGGUGUGGCAUUAGUGCUAGGUCCACAUAUAAAUUUGUCCUUGAUAGCAGCACUCCUAGUCACUCAUGCUACAUGGGAUAGGUUCCAGCUGCUAUGCUGGACAAGAGGUUGAACUUACAUUUAUUAUAAAGGUAACUAUUUUUUUUUAUUUUGCCUUUAACUGAAUAUCUACAGAGACCAAGGACAAGUAGUUUAGAGAAGAUUCUAGCCAGGCGCCGGUCCAUUAAUAACAAAAAUAUUCCAGAUGCAGGAGAUCAGAAAACUAUUCUUGAUUUCACAGUUCAGGUGAGAGCAUUAUCUUUCCAUGUAAGAUAACUUCAGUUUUAUCUAAAUUCUUUACAGGUCACUGGUUUUGUUUUAAUUGAUACUCUUGGACCUGUAACUGUUAGUGCCUGUGAAAGUGUUGGUGAACUGUAGCAAAGGCAAGAGAAAGUACUCAACUUCUGAAAGUGUUUUGUGCAUCAGCAAAGGAUCAUGCUGUCUUAAGAGAAACAAUCAUUUCUUCAAAGUAUAUGAACUUGCAAUCUCUUGACAUGGCUAAUUACAUCUUUCUUUACAAUAGCAAUGUUUGUUCAUUAACAAAUAUGUAACUGUGGAAGACAAGAUAUGUAACUUAUAUCAUGAAAAUGACAGCAAUAGUAUUUUGCUGAGCCACACACAUUUGAGUGAGUGAAUUUUAAGCAGUGGUUGUUUUUUGUCAUCAACAGUCCCCAGAAGGUCACACAACAUUUAUUCCUCCUUAUGGGACUUCAACAAAUUUGCGUGUGACAAGCAGAACCAAAACAAGAGAAGUUAUUAAAAUGCUGAUGACUAAAUUCCAGGUUUGAAAGCAUUUACUGAUAAUUCUUAUGAUAUAAACGUGCAAUUUUUUUUGAGUGAUGUAAUUGAGGAACAAUUUUCAGAAGGAUGUCACAAGUUAUCUUAGAUGACUUUUCUUUUUCUUCAUUGCACUCUGUGAUUGGUUGAGAAAACUCCUGUCUAUCCUGUCGGCCAAUCAGAUGCAAAAUUGGGUGUGGUUGAAACUUUACCUGGGACUCCUUGCUCAUUUUCUCCUGGUCAUGUUAACCUUUGGUGUGAUUAGCUCUCAGUGGUGAUUUCUUCCAUUUUGACUUUCUGAUCCUUGAUCCCAAAAAUCAAAUAUCUCUUAAAAAAAAUGCUCUUUGGUCUGAAAAAGUUGAAAUUGGAUUUCUUCAUUCUGUAUCACAGGUUUUCUUUUUUCAAACUUUGAACAACUCUUGUCAGAUAUUACCAUAGUAAGAAGCUUCAUAUACCCACAGUCCUUUGAUGAUAAGUCAAAUGAUAAUUGUAUCUGAAAUGUUCUGGGUGAAAGAAAAUAUUGGAGUAGUUAGGAACUAUUGAUGAACAAAGCUGCUGAUUUUUGAAGUAUUCAAUCAAGUCUUGGAACACACUGUAAAACAGCACUCACUAGCCAAGGAUUUUGAAGGAAGUCUUUUUCAUUUGUUUUUCAAAUUUUGCCUACUGUUUAGGAGUUAUGCUUUUGUGGUGAGCCACUGCUAUUUCAAAAAAUUUCUUAUUUGGGGAAGUCAGACAAUGGGAAGUCUAUCAUUGCCUUAAAAUAUGACCAAAUGCUGCACCCACCUCACUAUAAAUCUAAAAUAUUUGUCCCUUUGUCUCUUUAUUAGAUCACUGAUGCACCUCAGAAAUUUAAUCUCUAUGCUGUAUAUGACAAUGGGUGUAAGUACUCUAUUAUUUGUAUCAUUCUUUACUUCAUCAAGUCAGUUUGUCUCACAAAGAUCUGUGGGAUGCCCGCAUUUUUCAACUUGCUCAGAUUUCAGUCAUUUGUUUUGCAUGUGACAUGAUAAUUCACCACAAUAAUCUGAUGAAUUUGGGUGUGAAAUCCACGCCUCUUACAUUUAGGUUUAUCCUUUUUUUUAACAGCAAUUAGACAACUUCAAAAGGAAGAAUUCCCUCUAUACUGCCGCCUUUUGUUGGGGCCCAGUGAGGUAAAGUAUAGCCUGGAAGACAAAUCAAAACAAUCUUGAAUUGAAACUUUACAUUUUUAUCAAUUAGUAAUUAAUGCUUCAAUUUGUGAUUUUUUAGGAGGCAGCUAAGAUAUUUGUUAUGGAGGCUGAUGAUACUAAUAAUAUAUCUCAUGAGGUUAGUUCAUCAAAGAAUUAUUCUUUCCUUUUAAUUUGCUUUUUAAAAUUUUUCAAGAAUAGAGAUCUUUUUUGUAUGAUUAGUCACAUCAUUUUAAUCUUCCACUUUCAGAUCUGAUUGAGUAAUUUUAUUUUUCAGCUGUUACACAAUUUCUUGUAAUAAAUUUACUGCUAUUAUUAAAAUUUUUAUUAGAUAGGUGUCUUUCUGGUUAAAUGCAAUCCUCUUUUAAGACAAAAGCUUAACUUUUUCAUAAAGUCCAUCAAUUCCCAAGAGUAUAAAUGAGUACAGUGAACCUCGAGCAAAACAUGAAAAAAUGGUGGGGGAGGAGAUGGUAAUCUGCUUUGUACUAAAGUGGGGAGAAGAUGCUUCCUGGAACAGAAACCUAAGAUUAGUUACAGCAGUUUUGUGCCUCUUGUUCUCUUAGACUGUACCCUACUGUAGCUUGCUUUUGUUUGUGUUAGGUUGCACAAUACAUUCAUUUUGCCAUGCCUGUGUUACAAGCCUUCCUGGAAAAAUAUCAGGAAGAAGAGGAAAGAGAAGUUGAGAGAGUGAAAGAGUGGUACGUACUUUAUCUCAUUUGAUCUUGUUGUCUGAUUGUCCAGGUGAGAGUAGUCCUGAUAAUGACUGUUGUUGCUUGUGGAGGCUGAUGUUUCUACAACUUCAGCUAAGCUUUAGAGAACAUCAAUCACCACUUUGGAUAAUGACCAGGACCACACUCAUUUGGACAAUCAGAAUACACUAUCACAUGUUAGCCCCGGUUUCAAACCAUAUACUAUGGUUCAAUCAUUUAUUUUUUAUAUGUAGUGACAUAAAUGUCAGUACAAGUUUUUCCUGGUUCAUUUAUAUGCUACUGCUGGGAAAAUUUGUAUCAGAACAAGUUGAAAUGGCAAGUAAUUAGUUUGGUUGCUUUGCAAAAGUGAUAAUCUGAUUGUGGUUCUAAAUCUUGUGACGAUAUAAUGUAAGGAGCAAAAGACGAAGCAUUGUUAGGUUUUAUAUAUUAAUCCGUUGAUUUAUCUAAUGUUUUUAGUUACAAGCUUUACAAGCAGAAGCUUCAAGAGAGGCUUGCAGAAAUAUCCACUGCUGUAUAACACAAUGGCUGUCCAAUAACCAGGAGCAUUUUAAUAUAAUGAUAUUUUUAUGUAUUUCAAAUAAACAUUAUUUAUUUGUUUAAAGAGAUUUAGCCUUGUAAGUAAGUCAAUAAAUUUUUAUUAAUUUAAUAAUGCAACAGCUUUGUAAAGAUGACAGGUUAAAUGGCUAUGGUUUUUUUUUGUAAAAAAUGUACAUACUUUUCUGUAUUUUAAUUAUGGAACAGAUAAACAGAAAGUUAGGAGUAAGAAAAUUGAGGUGGUGCCUAGGGUUUGUCAAUUCUACGUCAGUUAUCUAUGUAAGUUUCGACAGAAAUUGAAGUUUAUUUCCUCAGACAUUCAAGAAAUACCACUUCUGAUAUUUUCUGAGGUGUUUUCGGUUGUUUUAUAGUUAAUAAUUUUCAUUGACAAAUUUGAUUGCUCUGUUUUCCACCCUUACACAGUUUUCACCUAGAAUAAUGUAUUGAAUUUAGCCUUUAUAUGAGUAGUUCAGAAAUUAAACCCCUGUUGAGAAAACUAGCCAAAAAUACCUCUAGUGGAAUUGAGAAAUUCUAAGUCCUAUAUCCUACAUCUACCAGUUAAUCAUUUCUGGGAGUUAAAGGAUAAAUUUUUCUUGAAGAGACCUAAAUGGUAGUUCUGAGGUGGUAUAAUGAGGUGACAUGAGUGGCAUGAAGGGGCCUGGUAGCCAAAUUAAUGAUAAUAGCCUCCCCCGGUGUGCCAGCUUGGAUUGAGGUCUGCAUUCUCUUCUGUUGUUAGUGAACAAACCUUUUUAACCCAGAGUAUGUAUUCCUGGCCAACUGUCUGGAAAAAUUAAAUAUCAGUGCUUAAAAGUAAUUGAAAAUCUUUUAACUCUCAGACCAAGUGCACCAUACUGGACACUGUUUUGACAGAUUGAGGGUUGAACUUAAGUUGAGUUGAAAGAGGAAUUAAACCAAUUUUAUUUU